AAAAAUAAAUAUAUAUCCUCAAUUCCCGAUAAUUCAGGACCCAAAUUCUCUAUUCUCAGACUCAAAAUUCCCAGAAUCCUGAACUCAAAAAAACCCAACCUCAGCUUAGAAGUAGAUACGAUAAAUACGGUUCCAUUCAAUUCAAAAUAACCUCGUAAUAAAAAAGUUAGAAGUCGCUGUAACUUGCGAGCCAGCCAUGUCACGACUCAAACUGCCCAUGACAGCAGCUUCUAUUUACACCCACAGCCACGGCCACGGCCACCAAUGGGUGGCCGCCACCACCACCACCACCGCCGGCACAGCCGCCAAACUAGUUAUAAAACCAAAACCCAAGCCCAAACCCUUCAUAACCCCAUAUAGUCGAGUACCACCUGUUGUUAUUUAUAAACGUGGUGAGUGGAGGAUAGUACCGUGCGCACCCCACAUACCUUCGGCGCACGUUAAUAACCCUCCUAAAAUGAUAGGGUUUCGUGGUCUUCACAACAAGUGCUCCUCUCCUUUUUCUUUUAGCUCCGAAAGCAAAGGAGGAAGAGUAUUCUCUAGCUCUGGAUCCGAAUCUGGGUCUGGCUCUUCCGGGUCGGGUCUCGCCGUAGACAUGGGUGCAGAGAACAAAGAAGACAACGAUUUGUUACAACAGCAACAACAACAACAACAACAACAACAACAGCAGCAGCAGCAUCAUACUUCGAAAUUGCUCACGUUGCCUACUGUCUUAACCCUCGGUCGUGUCGCCGCUGUGCCACUUCUUAUAAGCACUUUCUAUGUUGAUAGUUGGUGGGGAACAACUGCUACAACAAGUAUUUUCAUCGCCGCUGCAGUUACAGAUUGGCUUGAUGGCUAUCUUGCUCGGAAGAUGAGGCUAGGAUCUGCAUUUGGUGCAUUUCUAGAUCCGGUAGCUGAUAAGCUUAUGGUUGCUGCCACAUUGGUCUUGUUGUGUAGCAGACCCUUGGAAGUCGCCAUGUUUGAACAAGUGCCAUGGUUUCUGACUGCACCCUCAAUUGCCAUAAUUGGUAGGGAGAUAACCAUGUCUGCUGUUAGAGAAUGGGCCGCAUCUCAAAAUAGUAAGCUUUUAGAGGCUGUUGCUGUAAAUAACUUGGGGAAGUGGAAAACAGCCACACAAAUGACUGCACUAACCAUCCUUUUGGCUACCAGAGAUUGCAGUCUUGGAGGGCCAGGGAUUCUAUUAGCUUCUGGAGUAGUUUUGCUUUACAUCUCAGCUGGACUUGCUUUGUGGUCAUUAGUUGUGUACAUGAGAAAGAUUUGGAGAGUAUUGUUGAGGUAGUGUUGCUAGCUAGCUGCAUGGUAUUUACUUAUAUUUAUACUACCCAUCAAGGGUUUAUUUAGGUGUGGGAACAGCACUCGUGGCAUGCAACCUGUUUGAUGAUUAUCUUCAUUCAUUCGAGCAGCGUUCUUCAAAUAAGUGGGUGAAGGGCACAUAUGUUUUUCGAAAAAGUUCCUGCCAUUUAUAGUGAAUUUCAGUUGAAUUGUUCUGGAGGGGUUAGUAUUAUUACUUUGUUUUAUAGCUGUCCCCACUUCCCAGUGUCUUUCAAAUCUCAAAAUUGCCAUGUUGGCUUAUCUACUGGGGAAAUAGUGGGACGUAGAAGUUCUUGAUAAAAUUUUCCCCAUCAUAAGUCUUCAUAAUUUUAACAGACUUGGAGGAUGCAUGAUCUUUGAGGCUAGGGUUGGAGGAUUUAGUAGUAAUAUGGUUCAUUGCUAUUUUGGUGUCGAAGAAAGUUUGUUCUUAUUUUUUAUUUAGUAAAUGUAAAACAAGAAUUACAAGCAGUUAAAGAAAAAUACUAUUGGUUUAA